AUGCAUCUAUCAACAGUCAUGACUAUACCUUCUGUUCCAAUCAACCCCCCAACCCAACCGCCCUAUUCGAAGCCAAGGCCAAGGCCCAAGCAGGAGCCCUCGAGUCCUACACCAGCUCCUAGACUAGUUCCGGGCGAGCGAAGGGUUAAGCCGAGGCUGAGCAAGCCAAGUCUAGAUCCUGUUUUGGAGAGCGAUCAACGGCUCUCGAGAGAUGUUGAGCAGAUCAUCUCUAGGGACGCCAGCAAAGUGACAAGAAAGCACUCGUUGCCCAUCCUUUCUCGAAGACGAGAUAUCUCUGACGAUUCAGUCUCACUGAAGCAUACUGACGAGGUAGGAGAUCGAAUCCGGUGUUCGUCUGUUGUGUUGGCAGAGAUCAAGACCAACGUCAUCAUUGAAGACGAGUUCACUUUCAUCAGUGAAUUGUCGGAGUACUUGUCGAUACGAUACAACCGUCCUGCAUCGUGCAUUGUAACAACGCUCCAGCAUGGUAUUUGUAUCCAAUUUGGCGGCAGCUGUGAUCCCUCCUACACCAUCCAGAUCGAAGCACUCACUCGCGACAUGCAACCUGCAGCAAACAAGCGCAACGUUGCCCUCCUGCAGAGGCACAUGGAACAAGCACUGGGAAUUCCAGCACCGAGAGGUUAUCUCAGAUUUGUACCUGUUGCCGAGGACUGUGCUGGACGGAAGGGCAACACUGUUGCUGGAGAGAUAUCAGAUGCUAAAGACCGGGCGCAAGUAACGACUGAACGACGAGCAUCUGUCAGAGCUCCGAGGCGAAGGUCAAGCGUUUCGAGAAACGAGAAGCAAGGCAACGACAACAGCGGAGAUGGCACCGCAGCCACAUGA